AUGACUGAAAUCCUUCAUGAGAAGAUCUUGUCCCAAGUGGCGAACCCUCAGCGAGACUCUCCUCUCUUUGGAAUUAUCCCCGCCGAAGUCAGAGACAGCAUCUUCUCCUACGUCCUGACUGAUCAUCCCGACCCAACUGCAGAGAAGCAAUUCAGCAAAAAGACAUGUUACACCCGUCCUUCCUACGAGGCUGAUCAAUCAACCGAUACCAGACUCCUUCGCACAUGUCGUGCCAUCUAUCGCGAGACGUGGUUCAAACCAUUUCUCCUACGCGAACACACUCAAUGGGCGUCAGCUCCAGAUCGUGCCCCGCCAGGGAUCCAUCGCCCGCCUCCACUGAGAAGCAUGCUUCAUCGAAUCGCCAAACAGCGGGUGCAAGAUAAAGUCGAGAUUGAGAGACUGAGAGUCUUUGCACAAAUGUAUAAACUCGAAGAGGGUAGUCUGGCUCGUAUUCUUCGCGAACCACUCCUUGCACCCCGCAUCGUCACCCUCACAAUUCGCCACACUGAUUGGUGGUUUUGGGAACAGGACGAACCUCUUCGUUUCGAGGGCAAUUGGAUUGAGGACGUUUCCAAAGCCAUGUCUAGCAGUACAAAUCAAUUCUGCAUUGAAUUGGAGUCCCUGGAGAGGAAGAAGGGUCAGAUUGACAAGAUUGCCGAUCAAAUGAUCAAAAAGUGGUACUUCAAACGCAGCGAUGGCGUUGCACUCUAUGCUGAAGCAUCAGGCGCCAGCAAGAAAGAGAGCAGAUGGAGUGGCGAUAGCACAUGGCACAAUCGACGCUGGGUUCGCGACGAGACAGAACCCGGAAGACUCGAUUAUUAUGUGGCCUCUAUAACAUUCCGUCCUCGAAUCGACAUUGAGCGAAGCGGAGGUACGGUCGCUCGAGAGGUCUUCAAUUCCUCGCAAAAAGAUUGGUUCGACCAAAAUGAACUGAAAAUCCACCUUCCGGACGAGAGCCCCAUCGAGGACAAUUACCCUUCCGAGAUGGCGUAUGAUUCUGAUCAUAGAAACACCGAUUCAGAGGAUUCCGACCACGGAGAGCUCGCUCCUCAGCGUCGACGAUGGUUUGAGUCGUUCUUUCCUGCUCGAGAAUGA